AUGAGCGGCCGGGUCCCGCUGGCCGAGAAGGCGCUGUCGGAGGGCUACGCGCGCCUACGGUACCGGGACACCUCCCUGCUCGUGUGGCAGCAGCAGCAACGCAAGCUGGAGUGGGCGCCGCCGGGCACCUACCUGAGCCGGAGCCGCAGCCUGUGGUACUCGCAGUAUGGCAACGAUGCCAUCCUGGUGCGCGACAGGAACCAGCUGCAGGUGCCCCGGGACACCGGGCGGUCCAAGUUCUGUACUGUCAUGUGA